CCAAACGCUUCACGGAUUCAAAUCGUUGCACCAAAAAGAAUCGUAUAUGCAAAACGUUGAUCUACUCUUUCUCUUGCUUGGCGCAGUGCUUGUACUCGCUAUGCAUGCUGGCUUUGCUUUUUUAGAGCUGGGAACAGUUCGCCAUAAAAAUCAAGUCAAUGCACUCAGUAAAAUCAUUACUGACUUUUCAAUCUCAGCAAUCGCCUACUUCUUUGUCGGUUACUACAUUGCCUAUGGACAACAUUUUUUUCAUACAGGUGCUACGCUUUCAACUGAGCAUGGCUACAAUUUGAUGCGUUGUUUUUUCCUUUUGACCUUUGCUGCAGCAAUUCCCGCCAUUGUUUCUGGCGGCAUUGCAGAACGUGCCAAAAUGCGUUCUCAAGCCAUUGCAACUCUGUUUAUAGUAGCGCUGGUUUAUCCUUUUUUUGAAGGGAUCGCAUGGAAUGGUAAUCUCGGCCUACAAAAGUGGUUAGCGGAUACGUUUGGCGCAAGCUUCCAUGAUUUUGCUGGCUCUGUUGUGGUCCAUGCAAUGGGCGGCUGGAUUGCGCUUGCAGCAGUGUUACUACUCGGUGCGCGUAAUGGACGUUAUAAAAAGGAUGGUCGCGUUAGUGCGCAUCCACCCUCUUCUAUUCCUUUCUUAGCGCUCGGUUCUUGGAUCUUAAUUGUUGGCUGGUUUGGCUUUAAUGUCAUGAGUGCUCAACGCUUAGAUGCAAUCUCAGGUUUAGUUGCAAUGAACUCACUCAUGGCAAUGGUAGGCGGUACGCUUUCUGCAAAUUUCUUUGGAAAAGAAGAUCCUGGCUUUUUACAUAAUGGCCCCUUAGCAGGCUUAGUGGCAAUCUGUGCAGGUUCUGAUGUUGUUCACCCAAUUGGCGCUUUAUUUAUUGGUAUCUGUGCAGGUUUUCUGUUUGUUAAACUGUUCACAUACACACAAAAUAAACUCAAGAUUGAUGAUGUACUCGGGGUUUGGCCAUUACAUGGCGUUUGUGGUGCAUUUGGUGGUAUUGCUGUGGGCAUAUUUGGUCAGCAGUGGUUGGGGGGAAUCGGCGGAGUAUCCUUGAUGUCUCAGCUUAUUGGUACCUCACUUGCCAUUUUACUGGCUUUAGCAGGUGGGUUUGCCGUAUACGGCAUACUUAAAGCCACU